AUAAAAGCACCAUGGUUACAGAUAACUGACCUCCAUCUACAGCUAGAGACGAUAACAACAGUAUUAACAGUAUUACUGCGUGGGGGGAACCGUCAGUUACAAUUUACGGUAAUACCGUCACGCAGAUAAACAUACUGUUUAUAUAUAUUAUAACACCGGUGUUACGGAUUAUCUUGGAGGUUAGAGCCGAAUGUUCCUGCAAUAGUAACAGCAGUUAAGAAAAAAGAAAGGAAAAAGCGCCUUGUAUAUAAUGGCAGCCGUCACUGACGCAUAUGAAAAAGUGAAAGCGACCAUCUUGUCAGCUCAUAAGAGCACAACAACAAGAGAGAAGGUCAACUUCUACAACUCCUGGGCAAACAACUAUAAUCAGGAUGUGGCUGUUCUGGACUACCGUGCGCCGUGUCUGGCAGCGGACAGCAUCUCCUCCCACUACAGCGGUGAGCGUGAAGAGGCUGUAGUGCUGGAUGUGGCCUGUGGUACAGGACUGGUGGCCCAACAGAUGAAGAAACAUGGAUUCAGACAUUUUGUGGGGAUUGAUGGAAGUGAGGCUAUGUUGGCGCUAGCCAGAGAGACCGGCUUCUACCAGGACCUGAAGCAGUGCAUGCUGGGAGAGGGGCCGCUACCUGUCCAGCUGGGUCUGUUUGACGUGGUCGUGAUUGUCGGAUCGCUGAGUGAGGGUCAGGUCCCAGUCAGCGUGGUGAGAGAGUUGUGCAAGUCCACCAAACCAGGUGGCUACGUUUGCAUGACAACCAGAAGUAACCUUGACAACUUGGAAUUCAAAGCUGCCCUGGAGCUCGAGCUGAAGCAGAUGGAGGACUCUGGACUCUGGACUAGUGUGGAGGUCUCUGAGGUAGAAGAGUGGGAGAAGGCGGUGUCUGAGCGGGAGGACGGCUACAUCUCUGGUGCAGUGUACCUCUAUAAGAAACUAUAGCACAGUACACCACAACACAGACCUUGUUUACACUUGGUUUUAAAAUGCAUCUUGAUUAAUCGGUUCACAAGUGGAUGGAUGAGACACGUGGACAGAUGCAUGAACAACAACAACUCAACUUGGAGACUUUAUAACAACAACAACAACAACUUGACUUGGAGACUUUAUAACAACAACAACUCAACUUGGAGACUUUAUAACAACAACAACUCGACUUGGAGACUUUAUAACAACAACAACUCGACUUGGAGACUUUAUAACAACAACAACUUGACUUGGAGACUUUAUAACAACAACAACUUGACUUGGAGACUUUAUAACAACAACAACUCGACUUGGAGACUUUAUAACAACAACAACUCGAGUCGCUAGUUGCUAUCUUGCUCACAUUACACUCGUGAACAGCCCUGUUACGAUACGAGUCGUCAAGUUUUCUUUGGACUGAAUAUUAUGCUCAUACCAAGAUGAUUUCACUCUGGUUCAUCUUGUUUCCUCCUCUAUAUUUUUACAUCCACCACGUGGCCUGCAUGUAGGAUCAGCUUUUAUAGAGAUAAAAUGUAAUAAACUGUUUCUAUGAAUCUUGUAUUGAGUUGAAUAAAAGUCAAACCAUGUGACCUUU